AAGUAUUCUUUAAUAAAUAAGUUGGUAUAGUUAUCGAUGUGUGAAAGAUUGUGACUUUUUUGGGAUUUGGCUAAACUCUAAAUAGUGUAAAUUUUGAACUGUGGUUACGCUUACGCUAGUAUUAUUUCUUGUGGAUAAUAGAUUUGUGACAAAGAUGGAUAUUAGAAAAUUUUUAAUAUCUGAACAAAAUUCAAAUAAUGUUAAGGAUGAUGGUAUAGCAAUAGCUAGUAGCAGUGGUAUUGGUUCUGAGUUACCUACUGAGGUUUCCAAGAAAAGCAAUAAUUCCAGUAAAUCAGGAUUAGAAAUGGUGUCGCCUCAGGAUGUUUCGAAUAUUGAGGUUGAUAUUUUUCAUCAUAAAUUCGACUUGGGCAAUUUUGUAAACCCACAAAAGCCGAUAUCAGAUAGUAUAAAAUUUGAUCUGAUAAAAAGUCCGUUUAAACCCAGCAUUAAUUAUAAUUUUAAAGGCGACUCAAGGGAGGGAAAAAGUAAAAGAGCAUUUCGAUACGAAUGGUUUCAACAAUUUGAGUGGUUGGCGUAUUCCUCCAAGUUAAAAGGGGCUUUAUGUAAAAACUGCGUUAUUUUUCGACCUGCAGUAAAUAGAGGCGUACAAGGAGCAUUUAUAGUGAGGCCUUUUAUAAAAUAUAAUGAUUUUAUUGCAUCUGCAAAAGCUCAUAGUACUUCUGAUUGGCACAAGCAAUCAACAGUUAGAGCUGAAAACUUCAUUAAAUCUAUUGAAGGUAAAACUCUACCUAUAAUUGACCAAAUUAGUAAUGCAGAACGGGAGUUAACAGAGUUAAAUAGGAAAAAGCUGUACCCAAUUAUUUCGACGAUAAUUUUUUGUGGCACACAUGACUUACCUUUACGUGGUACCACAAAAGGUAACUUUGAAGACCUUCUGGAUUUUAGAGUGGAAAGUGGGGACCAAUUAUUGAAUGAGCAUUUAACUAGUUGCAAUAAAAAUGCAAAAUAUACUUCACAUCAAACCCAAAAUGAAUUGAUUUCAAUCUGUGGAUCAAUAAUUAGAAAAGAAAUCGUAGAAGAGGUUAAUGCAAGUGAUGGAUUUUCCAUUAUUGCUGAUGAAAGUGCAGAUAUAGCCGGUAAAGAACAACUUUCGCUUGGUGUUAGAUUUGUAGACAAAGCAAACAAUAUAAGAGAAGAAUUUUUAGGAUUUUCUGAGCUAACCACUUUAAAUGCUAAUGGGAUUUCUAAUACAAUCUUAAACUUUUGCUUAGAACAUAAUCUGAAUAUGGACAAGCUGGUUGGUUUGGGAUUCGAUGGUUGUUCAACAAUGGCAGGACAUGAAAACGGCGUCCAAAAAAGAAUUAGGGACAAAUAUCCAAAAGCUACCUUUUUCCAUUGCGCUUCUCACAAGCUAAAUUUAGUAAUUAAUGACCUAAAUAGGAUACAGGAUAUCCAAAACACCGCUGCGACCAUCAAAGAAAUAAUAAAUUUCUUUCGAGAUAGUCCAUUACGAAGAAAAUACAUUCCUAAUUUACCAUUAUUUUCGGAAACGCGUUGGUCGGCAAAAUAUAAAUCUAUUAGAGUGUUUGCUGCAAAUUUUGUAGAAAUCACAAACGCCCUUGACACAUUAGCGUUUAGUUCAGAUGUUAAUAUACAAACAAGAACAAAAGCUAAUCAGCUUUUGACUAGCGUAUCGGCUUCAAAAUUUAUUGUUUGCUUGUUUAUUAUGGCAAAAUAUUCAAGUAAAUUGGAACCAAUUUGCAAUAUAUUGCAAUCUAAAGAAAUGGACUUACUUUUAGUAAAAAAGCAUGUAGACGAACUUCUUCAGAUAUUGAAGUCACAAAGAAAUGAUCCAGAUAAGUAUUUUCAUGAAAUAUAUGAAAAAUGUGUGGAUUACGCCAAUAAAUUUAAAUUAGAAAUUACAGUACCACGAAUAGCAUCUAAACAAACACAACGAGCUAACUAUGUAUUAAAUGGAACUGAAGAAUACUAUAAAGUUUCCCUGUUUAUCCCAUAUAUGGACUCUAUAAUACAGUCUAUUUCUCUCAGAUUCUCUGCCGAUACCAGUACCGCAUUUUUACUCUCGGAAAUACAUCCCAGAAAAUUAGGAACAGAACUCAUACUUAAGCAAGAUGAAAUUUCUCAGAAAUAUGAUCUUGAAAACUUUGCAGCAGAAAUUGAAACGUGGAUAGAACUUUGGAAAACAAAGACAGUUGAUGAAAACCUAGGAUUUCAAGAAAUUCUUGAUCAUGAAGUACAUUUUUUCCCAUCAAUUAAAAAGGCGAUAAAUAUAUUUUUAGCGUUGCCGCCAACGAGUGUUACCAUUGAAAGGUCCUUCAGUACCAUGCGACGUGUUAAAACCUGGUUACUAUCAAAUUUUACAUAA